ACUACCGCAAGCGCCAGAUUAUGUGAUUUAUUUGUCAGCGAAUGCUAGUUACUGAAAUUACAGUAGUCAACUCAUCUCUCCCUUUUUUCCACUUGGCUUUUAAUCUAAGGCUGUCCCAAAGACGAUUAACACAGCAUGUUCCACAGCUUUCUUCGUCGCAUGCACGGCCCUACGUGUGGCAUGCCACGUUUCCCGAAUCGUCGAGCUUUCUCAUACGUGUCAACGCACCAAGUGUUUCCAGCAAGCUUGUAUCGAUUUCAGCUGCACCGCGACUCAAAGCUUUAUGACAGAGCCACCGAACAGAAUGACUCGGAGUAUGAAGAUGGAGUUGAAAUCUCUGCGGACGGCUUGGUGCAUCCGAAUAUUACAGCUGAUUGUAUGCAAGAGCGAAUUCACACUUUUCGCCUGCUAACUUAUUCAGUUUCUAACGGCGCAUUACUUAUGCCAAACACGCACUUUAUGCAAGAGAUCACACGAAGGUCAUUCGAUCACUACUUAGAUAUCGUGGAAAGUGGUCAAUCCAUCACGGCCGAACCACAUUAUCUGUGCAUACCUAAAGGUGAUUAAACCCCUUGUCGUAAUGUGCAAAGCUAAUUUAUCUCUACUCAAGGCACCACUAUUCCAGAGUCAUUAAUUCUUUUCCGUGAGCGCACUUCUCGCUUCUCCCUUCAGCCUGCACGUCCGAUGUCACUGGAUAGUAUGUUCAAG